AUGGAUAUCAAGGCUUGUGUAUGUUACUAUGCGAUUUCAAGCCCCGCUGUAAAGCCGGCAGAUCACCACUCCAUUUCAAGCCACGUUGUGGUAGAGGCUUCCGGCAGAUUUGCAGUUGUGAAAGGAGCACCAUCCAAACAAGUAAGAUUUGAUGAUAUAGCGGCACUGACAAACUCUUUCUGUGCAUCUCCCGUGCCAUAUGGCUUUUUCGCAUUUACUCGCUAUGACGGGAAGUUGGUGGUUUCGAACAUGUCUAAUGUCCAUGUUAUGGAUGGAUGCACGAUUGCGUUAGACGGAACUACUUGCCCUUUAAACGAUGUCACGUUUUGCGGUUUCGGCAAUCUGUCUCCGGUUGGGUCAUUACCUAGGCAUUGGUCCAGUGCUAUGUUAGCGCUAUGCCACUUAUUGAAAUUAUACGGAAAACCAAUACGUUUCAUGUUGAUUGACCUUCACACAUCAACUAAGUCUGUAGUCAAGGACAGUUGUUCGAUUGCUGUGCUAUAUGAGGUUGUCAUCGAGGGAUCGAGAGAAUCCGUUGGAAAGAUAAACGUAAGUUAUGGCUAUCAUAUAGGGCCUGCUAACGUUCUCAAUGAUGGAAAUAUAUACGAGAACACAUAUAAAUUUUGGGAUCGUAUUGAUUCCAACAGUAGGCACCGAAUCGAUGCUGAGUUGCAUUUGCAAAUGAUGAAGUGGAAGGUAAUACCACAGCUAUCUCCAGCCAAUAUUACCGGGACAAACAUUUGUAUAAUAGGGGCCGGAGCACUUGGUUGUCAUAUUAUUAGGCAAUUUUUGGCAUGGGGCACCAGAAACUUUGUCGUCAUUGACCAUGCGAAAGUGACAAAUGCUACGCGACAGUGUCUAUUUAAUGUAAGUGAUUCCACUGAUCAGGCAUAUAAAGCCACAAUGGCAUGCCACGAGAUAAAGCGAAUUCGCCCAGAUGCCAACGCAAUUCCAGUGAACAUGCUUGUUCCCAUGCCUGGCCAUUUUAUAUCUGAAGAGGAAUUGCGCAUUUCCUACACCAGCCUCACUAAUAUUAUGCUGAAAUGUGAUGCAGUUUUUCUUGCGACUGAUUCCAAGGAGUCACGAUGGCUACCGUCCUUAAUUGGAGCCGCUCGUAGAUAUUACUCUUCGGAGAUGGAAUCAGGUGCUGUGGACGGAAGUCAUUCGAAUGCAGAAUUGAUCGAAAACAGGCGUGCCCCUUUAGUCAUUUCUACUGGCCUCACAUUUGACACUUUCAUGGUUAUUAGACACGGCUACGGCGAUUUUGACGGUGGAUGCUACUUCUGCAGCGAUGUGCAGUGGCCCGAUGACACUAUAUCCAGCAGGCCCAUUGAUGAAACAUGCACAUUAGUCAAGCCGGCAUCAGUCGCCAUGUGCGCAGCAGCUGCCGUCGAGCUUUUCAUAUCUCUAACGCAGCAUCCCAGACGUUUUGAGGCGCCACACAGCGGAAAUAGCUGCAUUGGUGGCGUUCCACAUGCAAUACACAUGAGUUUGUCAGGUAUGACAGUUGCACAUGAAACCAUAAAAAGUGCAGAUAUGUAUGUAAACAAAUUUUAUGUCGAAGCAUCUAGAAGGUGUGUGUGUUGUUCGGAUGCUGUAUUUAAACGGCUGAAAUCGAACCCUUUUGAUUUCUUGCAUCAGGUAGUAAUAAACCCUUCAAUUCUAGGCGAUAUAUCUGGUCUCAACAGAACCCUUAGCGCAGUUUCUGGUUAUGACGUAAUGCGUAGUGCAGUUGAAGAUGACUUCGUACUAAUCUAA